AUGCGUAAAUCACGGAAACGUAAAGUCGUAAAGCCUCAAUUACCAGAGCCGAAGGCACCGAAAAAGCUUGCAAUGCCUGAAAAACGACCAGCUGGAACCAGUAAAGCAGCAUCGGCAGGGACGUCUACUCAACAAGUGGAUCAAGAGCGAAGAUCUAGUGUGGAUGACUUUACCAAAGAUCUUGAGAAAGAUAUGGCGGAUAUAUUAGACGACAUCGGAGACGAUGAUGAUGAUGACGACGAUGACGACAACGAUGAUAUGCAAUCAGUGACCACAGCACCAUCUGGAGCAGCACCUUCAUCCGAUACGGACAUGUUUGAAGAAGUGGUUGUUCCCACCGCUCAACACCAACAACACCACCAACAACAAAAGCGACCGGCGACUGAGUCACCAGCGUCGAUGAACCGGAAGCGAAAGAAAUACAAAAUGGCAUCACAACCGAUCCUUCGCCUCGAUGAUUCACCUGCACAAGUUGCUACACCACCGCCUGCCGCUACCUCUUCAUCUGCUGCGACAGCAGCAACAGUAUCACCACCUAUACCAAGACGCGAAUUCGGUGGCAAAUCUAUAUCCUCAGCGGCUGCUCUAGCAGCCAGUCGCAGUAAAAAGGCAGCGGCUGCUGCCGCAGCAUCAGCACAAUCAGUAUCUGAAUCCUCAAGUGGAUCUUCCUCCAGUGGCGAAAGCGGGAGCAGUAGUAGUGGCGAGAGCGGCAGCAGUAGUUCUGGAUCGGAGGAUGAGAGUUCUGGGUCAGAGAGCGAUGACAGUAGCGAUGAUGACGAUAUGGAUGACUUACUGGCGGAUAUUGAUCGGGACUUGUUAGCCGAUAGCAAUUCUGUACCGCCAUCGCCGAAUACUGCAGCAGCAGCAGCAAACGCACGAUCACAUAAUACACCGGUUGUACCAGAACAAUCACCAUAUAGUGCCUCUCCUUCCACUGCUCGUGGAACACCGAAUAGAAACGGUGGCCCCGUCUCGCUCCGAGCUUUAUUCAACGAUGCGGACCACGGCGAAGAAGAUGAAGGCAUCACGAGUUCUGACAGCGAGUCAGAUGGUGACUGA